AUGUUCGCCGCCUUGGAAAUAACCAAGGGACACGAAACGCAUUUAUGUUCGGAUGUUGACUAUAAUUUACGACGUACUAUAUACGAACUAUUUUUAAUAGCAUUUAUUAGUCGUCGUCGUGUGCUUUGGUACAAAAUGAAAGAUAACGAACCAAAUGCAUCGAAUGAUAUACGUUUAUGCGAUGAUAUUCUCUUUAUUCUUGAUCACAUUUACAGGCGUUCUAUGAACGAUGAAGGACCACUUCUAGCUCUAUUCUACUUCAACAUGAGCCUAAUUUCUGACGAUAGUUAUCAAUCUGCUACAAAUGAAUUACAAAAGAUUAUACGACGUGAACUAGACAUUCAAAUGAUGCAAAUUUCUAGAAAGUGUGGUGCGAAGGACGCUACUGAUGGACGUAUUAUUAAUGUUUGGGAUAACGUUGAAACACUUGCUGUUAUGCGAAAAUUUCUUCAAUACAACUCCAAAAAGAUGACUAAUGAAUCGCAGAGGCAUUCAUUUCCAGUACCGUGA